AUGGCCAAGGCACGCGUCAAGAAGCGCACCCAUCUUCGGGCGCAAAAUGCCUCGGCGGCGGCGUCUGGCAAGGGCAGCGCUCCUUCCAUGAACAAGACUCCGAAGUCUAUGGUUAUUCGAGUUGGCGCUUCUCAAGUCGGUACAAGCGUCAGCCAGCUAGUUAAGGAUGUUCGUCAGAUGAUGGAGCCUGAUACUGCUGUGCGAUUGAAGGAACGCAAAUCCAACCGACUCCGUGAUUAUACUGUCAUGGCCGGCCCUCUCGGUGUCACUCAUCUCAUGCUCUUCUCCAAGUCCAAAACCGGCAACACAAACAUGCGCCUCGCUGUCACUCCCCGAGGCCCGACUUUGCACUUCCAAGUCGAAAACUACUCGCUCUGCAAAGACGUUGAGCGAUCGUUGAAGCGCCCCAGGAGUGGUGGACAAGAUCACAAGACACCACCAUUGCUUGUGAUGAAUAAUUUCAACACUCCGGACGCAACGGAGGACUCCAAAGUGCCAAAGCGCCUCGAGGCCCUCACAACUACCAUCUUCCAAUCCCUCUUCCCACCGAUCAACCCUCAAGCCCAACCUCUUUCCUCCAUCCGCCGCGUCAUGCUCCUGAACCGAGAGCCCGCAGAGUCUGAAGAUAGCCCCUACGUCAUCAGCCUACGACACUACGCCAUCGCUACGAAAAAGACCGGCGUGUCAAAACGCAUCCGCCGCUUGGAUCCCAAGGAAAUUCGCAACAGAGAUAAAAAGGCGGCUGUACCCAACCUGGGCAAGCUCGAAGAUGCCGCUGACUACCUGCUCGACCCCUCCGCCGCCGGUUAUACAUCUGCAAGUGAGACCGAGCUCGACACUGACGCGGAGGUUGAAGUUGCGGAGAGCACUACUCGGAAAAUUCUCAACAAGCGGGAGGCGCAGCGCCAGAGGGCUGGGGAUAAGCCCGAGAAGAAGGCCACUACCCCCGGUGUUGAGAAGCGAGCUGUAAAGCUGGUCGAGUUGGGCCCCCGCUUGAAGCUCCGCCUGAUGAAGGUCGAGGAUGGUGUCUGCGAAGGCAAGGUCAUGUGGCACCACUUUAUCACCAAGUCUGCACAUGAGGUGAGGUCUCUUGAUAAGAGCUGGGAAACUCGGCGCAAGGAGAAGGAGCAGCGCAAGAAGCAGCAGAAGGCAAACAUCGAGAAGAAAAAGAAGGACAAGGCCAAGGCCAAGGCCAAUGGAGAGGCAGUCGACGAUGAUGAGGAUGUUGACAUGGACGAUGGUGACUGGCUCAGUGAUGAAUUUGACGAGGGUGAGGACGAGGGAGAUUCGGACGAUUCUAUGGAGUGA